CCAAUUAAUCUGCCCUCUCUCCAUCCAUACAAACAAACAAAAAAAAACAAUAACCCUAUUUACGUACUUUCCAAACCCUAAAACAAAAGGUGAUAAUGAACUCUCUCCCGUCUUACCCCCACAAGCUCGUCGUCGUCUUGGGUACCACCGGCGCCGGCAAAUCUAGACUCUCCAUCGAACUCGCCACCCGCUUCUCCGGCGAGAUCAUCAACUCCGACAAAAUGCAGGUCUACCGCGGCCUCGACGUCCUCACCAACAAGGUCACCGACGACGAGCGCCGCCACGUCCCCCACCACCUCCUCGGCGUCAUCGACCCCGCCAAGAAUUUCACCGCGGAGAACUUCUGCUUUGCCGCCACAGAGGCGAUCAAGUCGAUCACCGCCCGCGGCCACCUCCCGAUCAUAGUCGGCGGCUCCAACUCAUUCAUCGAGGCUCUCAUGGACGACCCCGACUUCCGGUUGAGGUCCACGUACGACGUCUGCUUCCUCUGGGUCGACGUGUCCAUGCCGGUUCUCCACUCAUUCGUGUCGGACCGGGUGGACAAAAUGGUUGACCAGGGGUUGGUCGAAGAGGCCCGGUCGGCGUUCGACCCCGAGAAUGGGGACUACUCCACCGGCAUCAGGAAGUCAAUCGGCGUCCCGGAGUUCCACCGCUACUUCCAAGCGGAGCCCACGGCGGAUGCCGACACCCGCGCCGCCCUACUCAAAGAGGCAAUCGACGAGGUGAAGGCCAACACGUGCGUGCUGGCGAGUCAGCAGUUGGAGAAGAUAAAGCGGCUGCGGGACGUGCGGGGGUGGAAGUUGCACCGGGUCGACGCCUCCGAGGUGUCCCGGAUGAAGGCGGCCGGCGGCCGCAAGGAAAAGGAAAUGUGGGAGAAUCAGGUGGUUGCGCCCAGCGCCACCAUUGUGACGAGGUUCCUUCACAAUAGGGUUGGGCCGCUCUUAUAUGCGGACACCACGGACACUGCCAUCAGGCAGGCGGCCGGAGCAAAGGAUCUGGCGGCGGCGGCUCAGUGAGACUUCAAUUCUUCUGCGGAGGGAGUAUAUGUAUCUAUCGGUACGCCUAUAUAUUUUCAAGAGCCACCCGCCGUACCUUUUGUAUCUCCUUUCAGUUUCAUUUUUGGGGAUAUUAAGGAAAAGACUGCGGUGUCCUCGCCCAAAGUGUUUUUGUGUUUUUAUGGAAUUCCAUCCUAUAUGUUACUCUAAUAAAAUAUUGUUCGGUUA